AAAGUAAAAGCUUUUCUAUAUACCCCUAGAAAAAAAAAAAAAAGAAAACCCAAAUCCCCAAUGUCAUUCGCUGCAGAUUUCUAGGGUUUCUUUCCAGUUUCAUCACCAUCUCCUUCGUCUAUCUCUCUCUUCGCCAGCGAUUCGACUAUCUCAUACUCGUCACCGUCUUCGAUAACCUUCUCCGUUCAUUGCCCCCACAAUCUGAACGCCAAAAGGUUGUGGAAGAGAGUCAAAAAAUCGAAUGGAUGAUCUUGUUGCUUGUCUUUGAAUUAGAGUUUUGGAUUGUGUCGGUUUGAAUUAUUUCCCAGAUUGUGAUUUGAGUAUUAUGAGGAAGAAGAGGAAAGGGAGUGAACUUUUGCACGAAAAUAAGGAGGAGGAAGUUUUAGAAUCAACCUCAAGGUCUUCGUUGUCGAAAUUGAGGACCCAUUAUUCUUUGGAAGAUUACGCAAGGUUGAAGAAGAGGUGUAAGGAAGAUGUGGUGGGUAGUGAACAUGUUGGGUCAUGUCAAAGUAGGCUUGUGGGUAUUGCUGCUACAGCUCCACCAUGUGGAACCUCGUCAUUGGUUUUACCAGGAAGGGGAUUGAAGAGGAAGAUAGGGUGUAUCGACGUAGCCACUCAAAUGGGUAGGAAGAAUAAGAUUGAAGAGGAUUAUGUAGCAGGAGCUACAAUUGGAAGAGGUAAAUUUGGUUCAGUUUGGUUGUGCCAGAGUAGGGUUACUGGAGUGGAAUUCGCAUGUAAGACUCUUUGUAAGGGGGAGGAGACGGUUCAUCGUGAGGUGGAGAUUAUGCAGCAUUUAUCGGGCCACCCGGGUGUUGUUACAUUGGAAGCAGUGUACGAGGAUACGGAAUGUUUUCACCUUGUGAUGGAGUUGUGUUCCGGCGGUCGGUUGAUUGAUCAGAUGUCCAAGGAGGUUCGAUAUUCUGAGCACCGGGCUGCUAAUAUAUUCAAGGAAUUAAUGCUGGUGAUUAAGUAUUGUCACGAGAUGGGAGUUGUACACAGGGAUGUAAAGCCUGAGAACAUUCUUCUCACGACUUCAGGAAAGAUCAAGCUUGCAGAUUUCGGUUUAGCCAUGAGGGUAGCAAAUGGUCAGAGAUUGACAGGCUUGGCUGGGAGCCCUGCUUAUGUUGCCCCAGAAGUUCUGUCUGGCAAUUAUUCUGAGAAAGUCGAUAUAUGGAGUGCCGGAAUCCUCUUACAUGCUCUCUUGGCUGGCGUUCUUCCAUUUCAAGGAGACUCGUUGGAUGCAGUUUUUGAGCAAAUCAAGAAUGUGAAGCUUGAUUUCCACACAGGGAUUUGGGAGGCUAUAUCUAAACCUGCCCGUGAUCUGAUUGAGCGCAUUCUUACGAGGGAUGUUGCAGCAAGGAUUACAGCGGAUGAAGUGCUAACCCAUCCAUGGAUUCUGUUCUACACCGAGCGCACCGUAAGGUCGUUAUCCAUCAAGUCAAAGUCAAAGAGUCAAUCGGCCCCUCCUUCCCAGUUAUCAUCCCCUACAUCCAGACCAGAGCAGGAUGAAAGUAGGGCAACCCAUGGUGGGUCUUUCAGCAAGGGUGCAAUCCUAACAUCAUCGACAGAAGAUGACUGUGGCUUGGUGGAUGCACUGGCAGUAGCGAUUUCACAUGUGACAAUUUCUGAACCGAAGAGAAGCAGGCUUUGUGGGCCCUCAAGCCCAAUAAGGGAGCAGUGCUCAUCUAACCUGAGUACUAACAACCUGUGCAAAGCAUUUUGAUUCCGAUUCAUGAAGACCUGACCAACUGACACAACCGCUACUACAUCACCCGGUUUUUUGAAUGGGGAUCUGAUUUGACUUGCCCAGCGUAGUUUUCCAGUUCGAUCUGGCAUUCAUUUCUAUUGACCUGUUAAUGUGCCUAAUCUGAUCCAACUGAAUAAACUUUGACUGAAUAAUCCUUAUGUACAGGUUAUGUAAAUAGAGAGUUGGUGAUUUGUUAUCACCAUUUGUGCAA